AUCAAUUCGAUGCAAUUUUCUGCUUGGGCGAUGAAGAAUACAAUAAAGGAGACGAUAAAUUUUACUCGAGUGUUUCUGUUUUUUGUCAAGUUUUUUCUGGUUAAGUGUAAUGAGUUUCGACUUUUGGUGGACAUUUAGAGAUUUUCGCUCGUUUCAAAGAAACGAAAGAGGAAAACAAAAGAGAAAAAAAUUAAUAUAUUCUAUCUUUGCAUUGGGAGGUCCCUUUAUUUUUACUAUCAUUUGUAUUGUUAUGGAGUUCGUUCCCAAUGUGCCGAAAAACUUAAUCCAACCGGAAUUUUGUGUCGAUACUUUUUGGUUUCAUGAGAAUGCGGCGUAUCUAUUGUAUUUUGGCGGGCCGAAAAGUGUCUGUGUUAUUAGUAGCGUUUGCUUAUCUAUUUACACAGCAUUGAAAAUUAUGCGUUAUGAAAAGGAUACAGCCCGUCGUCUAAGAGAUUCAGAAAGCAGAUUUUAUAAUGAUAACAUGCGAUGGUUCAGUUUGUAUCUGAGACUGUUUAUCAUGCUGUUUAUUAUAAUAGCCAUAGAUUGGAUUAUGACAAUAGAGUACGUAUUUUCGUUGUUUAAUAUUCCAGUGCGGUACGUCUUAUUUAAUAUUAUUUUGUUAAGAAACAUGCAAUGUAUCGGUAUAUUCAUUAUAUUCGUGUGUAAAAAGACAAUCAUACGACUGCUAUUAAAGCGGUUCUGUCAGAAUUGCAAGUGUUUUUCCAAAACUUCGAAUGAAACGGUUACAAGUUUGACUAACUGUACCAUGUCAACACAUUUGUGAAAAACAUAUUGUAUGUCUGUUAAAAUGUUCUGGUGUAAAAAUUUUUGUGUA